UGCUGGGAAUGCUGGGACAUUGUACAAUAACGCCGAGGGAGGGGUCUGGUAAUGACUGUGUCCUUGUGUUGUCAGGUUCCUAUAAGGUGUCAGGAUGUCGCUGUCUAUUUCUCCAUGGAGGAGUGGGAGUAUUUAGAAGAACACAAGGAUCUGUACAAGGACGUCAUGAUGGAGAAUCCCCAGUCCCUCACAUCACCGGAUUUUCUUCCUGGGGGCAGCACAUCAAAGCAGAGCGGCAGACAGUCAGUACAGCUGGAAGAGGAAAAGAGCGCAGUAGUAUUGAUGGCAGCACAAGGAAAAACAGAGCCCGAUAAUAGUGAAGAUGGGAUGAGGGACUCCUAUGAGCAUCUCCAUUUAUCUUCCUAUCAUGAAGCAGAAGAUAACUAUACCAACCAAGCUAAUUUAAUAACUCCUAAGGUACCCUCAGUUCUUCACAGAGAUCUUUUCGCCAAUGCCACUGGUUACAAGAAACCUUCAUCUAGUCAACCACUAAUUGGCAAAACAAGAGCUAAGCAGAAAUGUGGGAAAAUACUUCCAUGUGAAAAACAGUUAAAAAAGAAAUCUUACCUUUUUUUGCAUGAGAGAAAUCAUAGAGACAAAAGGUCAUUUUCAUGCUCAGAAUGUGGAAAAUCUUUUACCAGGAAAUUUAUUCUAGUUGCACAUCUGAGAAUUCACACAGGGGAGAAGCCAUAUUCAUGUUCAGACUGUGGGAAAUGUUUUAGUCAGAAGUCCUAUCUUGCAACCCAUCGGAGAAUCCACUUAGGGGAAAAGCCAUUUUCAUGUUCAGAAUGUGGGAAAUGUUUUAUUCAAAAAUCGGAUUGUGAUAAACAUCAGAGAACUCACACAGGAGAGAAGCCAUUUGCAUGUUCUGAAUGUGGGAAAUGUUUUAGUCGGAAAUCAUAUCUUGCGAAACAUCUAAGAAUUCACACAGGAGAGAAGCCAUUUUCAUGCUCAGAAUGUGGGGAAUCUUUUACUCUAAAAGCAGGUCUUAUUAUACAUCAAAGAAAUCACACAGGGGAGAAGCCAUAUUCGUGUUCAGAAUGUGGGAAAUGUUUUAGUCAGAAAUCAUGUCUUGAUAGACAUCAGAGAACUCACACAGGAGAGAAGCCAUUUUUAUGUACAGAAUGUGGGAAAUGUUUUACUCGUAAGUCUAGUUUUAUUGUCCAUCAGAGAGCUCACGCAGGGGAUAAACCAUUUUCAUGUCUUGAAUGUGGAAAGUAUUUUGUCAUGAAAUCAAUGCUUGUGGAACAUCUAAGAACUCACACAAGGGAGAGGCCAUUUUCAUGUUCUGAAUGUGGGAAAAGUUUUAUUCAUAAAUCAAAUCUUGUGGAACAUUUAGGAAUUCACACAGGAGAGAACCCAUUUUCAUGCUCAGAAUGUGGAAAAUGUUUCAGGUGGAAAUCAUGUCUUGUUAGACAUCAGAAAACUCACACAGGGGAGAAGCCAUUUUCAUGUUCAGAAUGUGGGAAAAGUUUUAUUGAAAAAUCACAUCUUGUGCAACAUUUAAGAAUUCACACCGGAGAGAAGCCUUUUUCAUGUUCAGAAUGUGGGAAAUGUUUUAGCUACAAAUCAGGUCUCGCUAAACAUCAGAGAACUCACAAAGUGGAGAAGCCAUUUUCAUGUCUUGAAUGUGGGAAGUGUUUUCGUAUGAAAUCAAUGCUUAUAGAACAUCUAAGAAUUCACACAGGGGAGAGGCCAUAUUCAUGUUCAGAAUGUGGGAAAAGAUUUAUUCAUAAAUCAAAUCUUAUAGAACAUUUAAGAAUUCACACAGGAAAGAAGACAUUUUCAUGUUCAGAAUGUGGGAAAUGUUUUACCCAUCAGUCAAGUUUUAUUCGGCAUCAGAGAAUUCACUCACAGCAGAAGCCAGUUUAAUGUUUAGAGUGUAGGAAAUGUGACAGAUGUGGAGCUUCAUUGCAGGACCUGCUCCCUAAUCAUGCUUGACGUAUAACUUAACCCCUUGAGGAUCGAUGUCAUAUUAGUAGGGUACAGACAGGAGUACUCAAAAGACCUGGCCUAAAAAAUUGUAACGUUCUGAUCUCACAGCUGUAAUACACCGCCACUAUCCAGCUUGAACAAAAGGGAUCACCAAUCUCUGUUUAACUCCCUGUCUGCUGUGAUCAAAGCUGAGGUGAUUGAACUAGAAAGAAGUAAAGAGCACAGACAUAGGGUGAUACCCAGCAAACAAAAUAAUUGUAUACAGUAUAAGAUCCCUCAUCUGUUAGUGUUGUGAGUAGUCACAACAACCAGAAGGCAUAUAGGUGAGAGGCUUGCCAGCUGGACGCAGUCAUCCACUUCAGGACGGAUCUGGUGAAAGUCCAAAAGCUGGAAAGGAGAUGGAAUACAGGAGAUAAAAAUAGACCUUCGUCUACCGCUUUCUUUAGAUGAUCCAAGUUUAUUGAAAAUAAAAUCCAUACAAGAUAAAACAAUAAAAUCAAGGCAAGAUAACUUGUUUUGGGAUGACGCCCCUUUUUCAGAUCUAGGACAUAUACAGUGCCUUGCAAAAGUAUUCACCCCCCCCCCCUUGACUUUUUUCGUAU